AUGACGGUGUUUCAAAAUCUAAGGAACAAGGCAGAGAGUGUCAUGGGAAGUCCAAAUGAGACGAUAGUGACAGAAUUCAUCUUGAUUGGGUUUUCAGAACACCCCCGAGCCCAGACUGUGUUCUUUUGGUUCAUCUUGAUGGUAUACCUCAUAAGCUUUUUUGGGAAUGGGCUCAUGAUCAUAUUGAUCAUUGGUGACUCCCAUCUUCAUUCUCCCAUGUAUUUCUUUCUCUGCAUCCUCUCCUUCAUAGAUAUUGUCAUCUCCAGCAAUGUGCUUCCUGAGUCCCUGGUCAAUUGCUUCUUUUUCAGGCCCACCAUCUCCUUCUUUGGAUGCUUGAUUCAGAUGUAUGUUGGUCUACUACUCGUCGUAAUGGAAUGUGUCCUUCUGGCAGUUAUGGCAUAUGAUCGCUUUGCAGCGAUAUGCCGGCCACUCCACUAUAUGCAGAUCAUGAGCUGGAGAUUUUGUACCGGCUUGGUGUCUUUAUGCAUAGUCCUUGCCUUACUGAAUACUGUGAUCAACAUACUGUUGCGGCCCACUGACUUCUGUGGGGAAAAUAUCAUUAACCAUUUUGCAUGUGAGUUGCAAUCGUUCCUAAAACUGGCCUGCUCAGACACACGCCUUAGUGAGCUCUACGUGCAACUUUCCACCCUUGUUCUGGUAGUAUCACCCUUUGGCUUCAUUGUCGUAACCUAUGGGCGCAUAGGCUUAGCAGUCCUGCGCAUUCGCUCAACACAGGGUCGCAAGAAAGCCUUCUCCACCUGUAGUUCUCACCUCACCGUGGUUAGUGUCUUUUAUGGUACAAUCAUCAUCAUGUACUUAAUGCCCCAACCAAAAUCUUCUUCAGAUAAAGAUAAGGUCGUAUCUUUACUGUACGGGGUCUUAACUUCCAUGCUCAACCCCCUGAUUUACAGCUUGAGAAACAAGGAUGUGAAGGGAGCUUUCUGGAGAGUGUUUAGUAAGAAAAUGUCAGAAUAAAGAUUGGU